AUGAAGAAAGUAGCUGAUCCUGAACAGGUCACCUGUGACAACUGUACUACAGCUAAUGCCACUGGAUACUGCAAAGACUGCAGUAAGUUCCUUUGUCAAAAGUGUAUGGACGUACACAAGAUUUGGGGUCCAAUUGCUCACCAUCAGCUAACAAGUUUUGAUGAGGUGACAGCCUCUGAUGUCUCUUCUACUUCUCAAUUGCUAGCUCCAGCUAAACAGGAGGCAACCCUCACUUGCUCCACUCAUAACAAGAAAAUGAAGCUCUACUGUGAAACAUGUGAUAGUGUUAUAUGUCGUGACUGUACAGUCCGUACUCAUAAAGACCAUGAGUAUGACUUAGUCUCUGCCAGUUAUACUAAACACUGUCAAGAAUUGGAAGGUUCUCUUAAUCCG